CGCGCGCGCGCCGCCAUCUUGCGUUACGGACGGCCGCGCUUUGGGCCGGGUCCUCGCUGGGCGUCCCCCUCCCCCCUCCCUCCCUCCCUUAGGUGUCCUCGUGAAAUGCCCGCCGCGCGCCUCGGCUGGGCCCCAAGAUGGCGUCGAUGCGGGAGAGCGACACCGGCCUGUGGCUGCACAACAAGCUGGGCUCAGCCGACGAGCUGUGGGCGCCCCCGAGCAUCGCCUCGCUGCUCACCGCCUCGGUCAUCGACAACAUCCGCCUCUGCUUCCACGGCCUCUCCUCGCCCGUCAAGCUCAAGCUGCUCCUGGGCGUCCUCCACCUGCCCCGCCGCGCCGUCGACGAGAUGAAAGGCGCCCUGACCGAAAUUAUCCAGCUGGCUACUUUGGAUCCAGACCCCUGGGUGUUAAUGGUGGCUGAUAUUUUGAAAUCCUUUCCAGAUAUUGGCUCCCUUAACCUUGAUCUGGAAGAGCAGAACCCCAAUGUUCAGGAUAUCUUAGGAGAACUGCGUGAAAAAGUGAGUGAUUGUGAAUCCUCAGCCAUGUUGCCUUUGGAAUGCCAGUACUUAAACAAAAACGCCUUGACCACCUUGGCCGGACCCUUCACGCCUCCCGUCAAGCACUUCCAGUUGAAGCGGAAGCCCAAAAGUGCCACUCUGCGAGCGGAGCUCCUGCAGAAGUCUGCUGAAACUGCGCAACAGCUGAAGAAGACGGCUGGAGUAGCUUUCCAUGCCAAAGGAAGAGGAUUGGUUAAGAAGAUUGACACAACAACUCCGCUCAAAGGAAUACCAAAGCAAGCGCCCUUCAGGAACCCCACCGCCCCCAUCGUCUUCAGCCCCACAGGGAACCGGACCCCCAUCCUCUCCUCCAAAGUGCCUCUGUGCAAGGAGAGAGGCGUCAAGUACCUAGACAUCAAGGAGCUGAAGGCCGUGGAUUCUGGGAGGGAGGCGAAAAGAAGAAGGAAGACUUUAGAUACAGACGUGGUGGCCAAGCAGGCAAAGGAGGAGACGGUCGUAGAAAACGCUACUCCGGAUUACGCGGCUGGGCUCGUCUCAACCCAGAAACUUGCUUCCCUGAACAACGACCCGGCGCUCGCUUCUACCAGUUACCUGCCUGCAGCGCCCAGCGCGGUGCCGUCCUCCUCUUACGUCCCAGGCUCUGACCCACAGCCAGCUGGCUCCAUCUGGGACCCCCUGCAAGCUAAGGAACCAGCUGCUUCGACCGCCGCCGCCGCCCCGCCGGCUCUCCCGGUGGCUCAGUUUAAGCAACGGAUGCCCAUGUACAAUAGUCACUUGAACCUGACUGCUACCACCACGGCAGCAACGGCAGCAGGGGCAGCCCCAACCGCUGAGUCCCCGGUGUCUCUUCCCGUGACCUCUCUGGCAAUGCAGGGACCACCAGUCGCUCCUCAGGACGCCCCUGCCAAGAAGGGUCUCUCGCUCACAAAGGAGCAACUGUGUGCAGCCCAUGAAAUCUUCCAGAUGGCGAACAAAGUUACAAGGCCCGAGAAGAUGCUCAUCCUGGGAUUCAUGGCGGGAUCCAGAGAAAACCCCUGUCAAGAGCAGGGCGACGUCAUCCAGAUCAAGCUAAGUGAGCACACGGAGGUCCUGCCGAACGCCGAUGGGACCGGAAGCACCACCAUGCUGGUGGACACGAUCUUUGAGAUGAACUAUGCCACCGGCGAGUGGAGCCGCCUGACGAAGUCCAAGCCCAUGACAAACAUUUCCUAAAGGAUUCCGUGACGGGGAGACGUAGACCAAAUAGAUCCUAGAAUAAAGCCAGCUUGUACGUUGUGUGUCACCUCAAGCAGAACGACAUUCCCCCCACGUAGGACUCCUUGUAACCAGCCUCCCAUGUCCCAUGUGCUACGCUUGGCCAAAGUAGGAAGGCCGGAGGCCAGAGCGGCGCAGGUCUCUCUGUCGUAGGAAGGAUUGUGGAAGGAUGCGGUGACUCACGGCUUCCAGCACUUUGGCAGGAAAGGGGCUUUUGAUUUGCCUGCCCUGAGAAAGGACCAAGAGGGGGGAACCCUCUUCACCAGGCCGAUUUCAUGGCAGGGACCUCACUCGGUUGACUUUCUCGGUGCUCUUGUUAAAAAUAGGCCCUGCCAGUUUGGCCGUUUCUCCCCCCCCGCCCCCCCUUUGGUAGCUGACUGCAAGUAGCCUUCGUCCUUUUGGGCGGCCCUCCUUCUGAGGCACCAUGAAGACCCCGUAGGAUGAUUUUCCCCUCUUUCUUCUGCUGCUCAAGAUUGCACAAAUAAUAAACCUUCCUUCCCUUGAGAACAGCCAGCCCCCUGAGUGUAUGUGCGUGCGUUAGUCACAUAAAGGGGUUACCUUUUAAGACGGACACGUAAAAAAGGGCGAAAACCCCCCCCCCCCCCCAAAGUUUACAAUCUCAGUGGCGCAGUGUGAGUUAGCUUCCCUGGCGUUGAAGUUGAAUGAGUGACAUCGGCUUCCAAUGCUCUUCAAAAUG